UGCUGCCUUUGAAACAUGGAAGCAGUGGGUGGCUCCAGAAAGCUGGGGUGGGGCAGAAGGAGGGCCAGGGGCGGGGAGGCAAGAGACGGGGUUCCACCUGCCCUCACUGGCUUGCUGGUGACCUUGGCUGAGUCAUGCAACCUCUCUCAGUCCCCGGUGCCUGGUGGAGAGGAGCCUUGGCCGACCACACCUUCUCCAGGUGUCGUGCUGGCACAGCGACAUGUCGCCGUCCAGGAAGGACCCCUGUACCGCACAGAGGGCUCCCACAUCACCAUCUGGUGCAACGUGAGCGGCUACCAGGGGCCUUCGGAGCAGAAUUUCCAGUGGUCCAUUUACCUGCCAUCCGCCCCGGAACGGGAGGUCCAAAUCGUCAGCACCGUGGACUCCUCCUUCCCUUACGCCAUCUACACCCAGCGAGUCCGCGGGGGGAAGAUCUACGUGGAGAGGGUUCAGGGGAACUCAGCCUUGCUGCACAUCACCGACCUGCAGGCCCGGGAUGCCGGGGAGUAUGAGUGCCACACGCCCAGCACGGACAAUCAGUACUUUGGGAGUUACAGUGCCAAGAUGAACCUCAUGGUGAUUCCUGACACCCUGCAGACCACGGCCGUGCCCCAGACUCUGCACAAAGUGGAGCAGGACCCCUUGGAGCUGACGUGUGAGGUGACCACGGAGACGUUCCAGCACAGCCACCUGUCAGUGGCCUGGCUCCGGCAGCGAGGGGGCGAGAAGCCCGCAGAGGUCAUUGCCCUGAGCCGAGAUUUUGUGCUGCACUCCAGCAGCGAGUACGCCCAGAGGCAGAGCCUGGGGGAGGUGCGGCUGGACAAGCUGGGGAGCUCCACGUUCCGCCUCACCGUCUUCCACCUGCAACCCUCCGACCAGGGCGAGUUCUACUGUGAGGCUGCCGAGUGGAUCCAGGACCCGGAUGGCUCGUGGUACGCCAUGACCCGAAAGCGGUCCGAGCGUACUGUGGUCAACGUCCAGCCCACAGACAAAGAGUUCACCGUUCGGCUGGAGACCGAGAAGCGGCUGUACACGGUGGGUGAGCCAGCAGAGUUCAGAUGCAUCCUAGAGGCACAGAACGUUCCUGACCGUUACUUCGCUGUGUCCUGGGCCUUCAACAGCUCUCUCAUCGCCAGCAUGGGGCCUAAUGCUGUGCCAGUCCUCAACAGUGAAUUCGCCCAUCGGGAAGCCAGGGGCCAGCUCAAAGUGGCCAAGGAGAGCGACGGUGUCUUUGUGCUCAAGAUCUACCACCUCCACCAGGAAGACAGUGGGAAAUACAACUGUCGUGUGACAGAGAGAGAGAAGACGGUCACCGGGGAGUUCAUUGACAAGGAGAGCAAGCGGCCCAAGAACAUCCCCAUCAUAGUCCUCCCCAUCACAGAUAACUGGGUAGUUAAAGUCCCUCAGCACCACCAGAUCCUGCCCCAAGGCCACUUGGAGAGCAGCAUCUCUGUGGAGGUGGCCAGCAACGCCAGUGUCAUCCUGGAGGGGGAGAACCUGCACUUCUCCUGCAGCGUCCGCACGGCAGGCCGGCCGCAGGGCCGCUUCUCCGUCAUCUGGCAGCUUGUGGACCGGCAGAACCGCCGCAGCAACAUCAUGUGGCUAGACCGGGACGGCACCGUGCAGCCGGGCGCGUCCUACUGGGAGCGCAGCAGCUGGGGCAUCCAGAUGGAGCAGGUGCAGCCCAGCUCGUUCAGCCUGGGCAUCUUCAACAGCAGGAAGGAGGACGAGGGCCAGUACGAGUGCCACGUGACCGAGUGGGUGCGGGCUGUGGACGGCGAGUGGCAGAUCGUCGGGGAACGCCGGGCCAGCACCCCCGUCUCCAUCACGGCUCUCGGUAAGGCAGCAUCUGGUGGUCUUUCUGUGGGGCAAAAUGGCUUCGCUGUCACAGCUAUCUCCCGCACGCCGGGCGUGACCUACAGUGACUCCUUCGACCUGCAGUGCAUCAUUAAACCGCACUACCCGGCCCGGGUCCCCGUGUCAGUGACGUGGCGGUUUCAGCCGGUAGGCACCCUUGAGUUCCAUGACCUGGUGACCUUCACCCGGGAUGGAGGAGUCCAGUGGGGGGACAGGUCCUCCAGCUUCCGAACCCGAACAGCCAUCGAGAAGGCCGAGUCGAGCAACAACGUGCGCCUAAGCAUCAGCCGGGCCAGCGACACAGAGGCGGGCAAGUACCAGUGUGUGGCCGAGCUGUGGCGGAGGAAUUACAACAACACCUGGACGCGUCUGGCCGAGCGGACCUCCAACCUCCUGGAGAUCAGGGUGCUGCAGCCAGUGACAAAGUUGCAGGUGAGCAAGUCGAAGCGGACCCUCACCCUGGUGGAGAACAGGCCCAUCCAGCUGAGCUGCUCCGUCAAGUCUCAGACCAGCCAGAACUCCCACUUCGCUGUGCUGUGGUACGCAAAGCCCUCGGAUGCCGACGGCAAGCUCAUCCUGAAGACCACCCACAGCUCGGCCUUUGAGUACGGCACCUACGCGGAGGAGGAGGGCCUGCGGUCCAGGCUCCAGUUCGAGAGGCACGUGUCCGGGGGCCUGUUCAGCCUCACGGUGCAGAGAGCCGAGGUCAGUGAUAGUGGCAGCUACUACUGCCACGUGGAGGAGUGGCUGCUGAGCCCCAACUACGCCUGGUACAAGCUGGCCGAGGAGGUCUCGGGGCGCACGGAGGUCACCGUGAAGCAGCCAGACAGCCGCCUGAGGCUCAGCCAAGCGCAGGGGAAUCUGUCGAUCCUGGAGACGCAGCAGGUGCAGCUCGAGUGUGUGGUGCUGAACCGCACCAGCGUGGCCUCCCAGCUCCUGGUGGAGUGGUUUGUGUGGAAGCCCAACCACCCGGAGCGGGAGACUGUGGCCCGCCUGAGCCGCGAGGCUACCUUCCACUAUGGGGAGCAGGCCGCCAGAAAUAACUUGAAGGGGCGGCUGCAUUUGGAGAGUCUCCCUGGCGUGUACCGACUCUUCAUCCAGAAUGUCGCUGUGCAGGACAGCGGGACCUACAGCUGCCGUGUGGAGGAGUGGCUGCCAAGCCCCAGCGGUGUGUGGUAUAAGCGGGCGGAGGACACUGCUGGGCAGAUGGCUGUGACCGUCAUGAGGCCAGACGCUGCCCUGCAGGUGGACACGGUGGUCCCCAACGCCACAGUGUCCGAGAAGGCAGCUUUCCAGCUGGACUGCAGCAUUGUGUCUCGGUCGAGUCAGGACUCCCGCUUCGCCGUGGCCUGGUACUCUCUGAGGACUAAAGCCGGAGGGGAAAGGGACGGCCCUGGCCUGGGUGAACAGGAGGAGGAAGGGGACGAGGAGGAAGAGGAGGACCAAUGGAGCGGACGGCCCUGCUGCAGCGUGGGCCCAGAUGCCGUCUUUGGCCCAGAAGGUAGCCCCUGGGAGGGCAGGCUUCGCUUCCAGAGGCUCUCCCCGCCUGCUCUACGGCUCACGGUGCUUCAGGCGAGCCCCCAGGACACUGGGAACUACUCCUGCGUGGAGGAGUGGCUGCCUAGCCCUCAGAAGGAGUGGUACCGGCUGACGGAGGAGGAGUCGGCCCCCAUCGGCAUCCGGGUUCUGGACACAAGUUCCACCCUGCAGUCCAUCAUCUGCUCCAAUGACGCCCUCUUCUACUUCGUCUUCUUCUACCCUUUCCCCAUCUUUGGCAUCCUCAUCAUCACCAUCCUGCUGGUGCGCUUCAAGAGCCGCAACUCCAGCAAGAACUCGGACGGGAAGAACGGGGUGCCCCUGUUGUGGAUCAAAGAGCCACACCUCAACUACUCCCCCACUUGCCUGGAGCCCCCAGUGCUCAGCAUCCACCCAGGAGCCAUAGAUAAGGGGAGCCAGCGGACCUCAGCCGAGGAGGAGCUGAGACUCUGCCUUCCUGCCUCUUGCUCUGUGAUCGCGCAGUGGACGCCACCCAACCCCUGGAGUGCUCGCGCCGAAAACUGUCAGACUUGAGAAGCGUUCGAAGUCCCCGAUCAGUCACAGAGACAGACUGCCUUGAGGUGGCAGUCCUGGUUGGUUAGCUGUUCUGGAGCAGAAGUCCUUAUCCUGCAGAAUUAGGCUCCUUGUUUUUGUUUCCGGUAAUGUAGUGAGUAGCUCCAGGUGCCACGUCUACUCACUGAUUUAUAGAGUAUUCCCAGAUAGAUGUUACAGGGGUUCUUAUUCUUUGUAAUGGACUCUUUUUAAAUUCCUUCAGUUUACCCUUUUUGGAUUCCGUAAUGUGACGGACGAAUUUCUCUUAAAGUACCACUGAUGGCAAAAGGAAGGAUGAACUUUCCGGCGCAAAGGAAUCUCUUCCAAGACUUAUUGUUUUUGCAUACUUGAAAAUGCUACCCAUGGAUCAGAACCCGCCCGAGCGUUUUUUACUUUCUUAAUGAGACUUGAAAAUUAUGUGUAGUGUGGGCCCAAUUUGUAUCUUAUCAUUUCCCUCAGCUGGAGUGGUUGGAACCCCUUUGUAGUCAAGAUGAAAGCAUUGAAUUUGCUUCGAAGAACUGUGUACAUACAGGAGAAAUCCAGCAUAACCCCAUUAGGAGUAGAUGGUACCCAACCAGCCUGUCAGGGAGGCGAAAAAUAGGCUUCAUCCCAAGCUUGCCAAAAAAACAAAAACGAAAACAAACAAAAAACAACACCAAAACCCCCACUUUGUUGGAGAGGAAGUCAAAAGCUCCAAAUGGCAUGCAUUUUGCCAGCUAAAGUGGGAGAGGGCUACAUUUAGCAGCUCCUGACUUUCGGAUUGGUCAAAGCCAGUGAUGAGCAAAGGAAGGAGAAAAGGACUAGUUGUUGGCUCGAUCUGUUCUGCACAAGCAGUCUCUUAACUGAUAACUGUGAGCGGGUGGGCUUCCAUUCUAAGGUGCUUUGCCAAACUCUUAAGGGAAAGUGGCCAGGGAGCCUGAAAAGGGGACAGUCUGAGCUGAACACAUCAGGGCCCGAGCAGCUACCACAGGACACCGUAUACCUGGAGUGGGCACGGGGCAGGCUGACCGCUAAGUUCCUGCAAGGGUCAGGGUGGGACCAGGUGGUUUCCGGAGUCUGACCUUGGAGGGAGUCUGACCUUGGAGACCAGGGGAGCUGUAACUGCUGCGAUGGAGGUAUGAAGACUAGGUUUUUCUUCUUGCCGGCAGUUAGUUUCCUCAGAGAGAGCCCUGUCUUUCUUAUCCACCAUCCCCCCCCCCCCCCCCCCCCCCGUGUCUUACUGCCGUAAGAAUAUCUAUCUGCCCAGGAGAGGUCCAGACACAACCCUUUUGUGACCUAUCAGAGGACCUAGUCUCAGUGGGAAGUCAUCACAGGCCUGGGUGUGGCUUUUUGCCCUUCCCCUUCUUGGAUCUUGUUUGUGGUUUUGGUGAUUUGGUUAUUUGUUGUUAUGGUGGCGUCUCAUUCGAAUGCCCACCAAAGCCUAACAAGGCCAGUGUCACCCUGUUCCUUUAUAUCCCGGGGCAGUGUGCUUGGUUCUCCUGGAGCCCCGUCCUGGUUUACAAGUGUUGCCUUUUGCCCACUCCAUGGGAGGAGUGCUUAUGCCCUGGGCUCCUCUGUUUUGCCGGCCAAGAGCGCCGUCUCCUCUCCUCUUGAGCUUGCAUCUUGAAUCCCAAGGGAAUUCCCAGUUUAGAAAAAGCCACCAGGGACUCAGGAGCUAAGUCUAACCAGAGUGAUUAUCGUCUGUUCUGAGGCUGAACAGACGUGGCAGGAGGCCACGUGGGUGCCAGUCCGUCUCGGGGUCCGUGGGGGUGCGGGUGGCACAGGUGCUCAGCUGAGGGGAAGCCAGCCUCCCUUUCCUCCCCCCACUCCAGUGCUCUCCUAUGGGGCCGUGUGUAGGCACCACCCCUUCAGCCCCCCGUAGCCCGAUGUGCUCAUUCUCAUUUAUGAUGCAGGCUGCGUCAACACUUUGGAGGUAGUCAGCCGGCUCAGCAGUGAGGGAAGAAGACAGUCCUUGGCCCUAUUUCUUCCUUUCAGCCAUGUGGGCUUUCUGUGGGAAAAUUAGCCCCUCAUUUGUAGCCUGAGUCAGUGAGGGAAGAUGACUUACUUUCUCCUCUCUGAGAAGGGGAAGAUUCCAGAGGGCUGGGUGGGACUGGGAGUAUAAAUGACAGAGAAGAGUUGACUUUGCAUUGGUUCUCAGCUAUAGAAAAGUAGGUAACACACAAAUUAAAUAAUGUGAAGCAGUUGUAGGAAAUUUAAAAGGAAGAAAAGAAACCGAAGCCAGUAUUUUAAUAAUUGGGUUUUUCUUUUCUUUUUCCCCCUGUAUAUUUUCUCUUGGGCUGGGGGCUACCAUCAAAGGGUGAGCAUUUCAGCUUUUUCGAAAAAUACCCAGGACCUUGUUUGGCCAUUUCUACGGAAAUGUGGUGUCAGAUGAGUGGUAAUGGUGCCCUCUAGUGGCUGGAGACCUCAUUGCACACAGCCUACGGGAGUUCUAGGCCAAGGACCCGGAGAGGAAAACUACCAGCUGUUCUCUUGACUUAUCUACAGCUACAAUGUUGCAUUCAUGAAAAACUACACUGUGCUAGGCCCAUCCCAGGAUACUGAUAUAACCACACCCUCCUUCAUCAGGGUGUCUCUGUAGCAGGUUUUCAUAUUCUUUUCAAACAAUGGUUUCUCUGCGUUUAUUGUUGACAAAACAGGUAGGGUAAGAAAACUACCCAUGCAUGAUGUAGAGAGCUGUUGAUUUGUUUUUGGGAUUUUUUGUUUUUUGUUUUUUUUUUAAAGGAAAACUAUUUGUAAAAUGUUGCACUAAAAUGUUUUAUAUACACUUGAGAGACCUGUAGUAAAUUAUGUUGAAAAUACGGCUGUUUACAGUUA